CAAACUGUUGUACAAUAAAGAUUUAGCGACUGUAUCUGUGCAAAAAAAUCAACAAAUUUUGAAAACAUUCAUUUGUCGAAAUAGAAAGAUGGCGUUACUGAGCAGUGACUUCCCAAAAACUGACGUCAUAUCCUAUGCACGUUUGUUGAUAUUAACCUGAGUUAUGAAAUACUAACGUGGAAUCUGAAAAAAAUAAUUAAGUAAAAUUAGAAGAAAACAAAAUGAAAGAGACUUACGUGUCAAUUUGUGAAAAGACUUUUGUUAACGCAGCAAUUGCAUCUGAUACGCGAUUAGAUGGAAGAACUUUGCUAGAACCAAGACAGUUAAAAAUCAAUUUUGGUACCAAUUGGGGAUGUUGUAUGGUUUCUUUGGGUCUCACGAAAGUUGCUGCUCAAGUAUCAUGUGAUAUACAACCACCAAAAAGUGCCAGACCUAAUGAGGGUAUGUUACAUGUUAAUGUUGAGUUGAAUCCACUGGCAGCAUCACAUUUUGAAGGUGGCAGAGGAUCUGAAGCAACAGCUGUAAUCAAUAGACAACUGGAAAAGUGUUUGAAAGACUCUAGAUGUAUUGAUUUAGAAUCUUUAUGUAUUGUUGCUGAUAAAAAGGUUUGGAACAUUAGGGUAGAUAUAAAUAUUAUAAAUCAUGAUGGAAAUUUGAUUGAUUGUGCAUCUAUAGCAGCUCUUGCUGCUCUAAUGCAUUUUCAUAGACCAGAUGUCACAUCAACUGGAGAAGAAGUUAUUGUGCAUUCAUUUACUGAAAAAGAUCCUCUUCCUCUAACGCUAUAUCACCAUCCAGUCUGCAUAUCAUUUAUCACAUUUCAAAAUGGUAAGACAGUAGUUGACCCUUCAUAUCUAGAAGAAAGAGUUGGCUCUGCCAUCUUGAGCUUGUGUGUAAAUUCCUACAGAGAAGUUUGCAGUUUGUUCUUUGACUACAUUGAAUAUACCUCUCUAGUUGCUGAUGUUGUUCCAUCAGUUUCAAAUUUUGCUGCAAAUUAUGCUUAUGAACUGAUCAAGGAAAUUAAGGCAAUAGUGAAAGAAGAUAUUGAAGCCAAAUAUAAAAAGGAAGUUCCACAGCUAAAUACCUUUGCCCAUUGUAUUGCUACAGAUAAAAUUACAGCAAUGAUCUCAGAACGAAUAAAUAUUAGACUGACUACAUGGCGUGGUUGCAAUGAAAUAGAAGAUGAUGUGGCUAUGGAUGAUGAUAAUCAGGAAAGUGAAGUUAUUAAUACAGGAGAAGGAGCUGCUGAUUUGAUAACAAAAAGUAAUCAAGUUGGAGAAGGUGGCCGAAAUACGUGGAAUUCCUCGGACUCUUCGGACAAUGACUUUGAGCAUCACAAUGAUAACAAUGAUGAUGUAGAAUUUAUUGCAGAGACAUCAUCGAAAAAAGUUCUUGAUGAUAUUGCUCUCAGUGGAGACAGUGAAGAAGAGACUACACAAGUUUUGUCUAAACAAGACUUAUUAUGAGUCAUUCUGCUACCAAUAAAUGUAAAUAACUGUACAUACAAUUGCAUAUGUCCAUUAAAAUCAACAUUUUUUUAGCCAA